CUCAGCUCUCUCUCGCUCUCUCCCUCUCCUUUCUCUUGGCUUUGGACCUUCUUCUGCCCCAGUUGGUUUUUGAAGGCUCGUCUCGUUGUUUUUUUUCUUUGAAAAGAGACAGGUCCUUCAUUUUUUUGUCCCUUUUGGAUUUUCUUUAUCAAGAAAGAUACAGAAGAAGUUCCAAAGAAAGAGAGAAAGAGAUGGCUCCUGUUUCAUUGCCUCCUGGUUUUCGUUUCCACCCUACUGAUGAGGAACUCGUUGCUUACUAUCUCAAAAGAAAGAUCAAUGGACAUAAGAUUGAGUUGGAGAUCAUCCCAGAAGUUGAUCUUUACAAGUGUGAGCCAUGGGAUUUACCAGGGAAAUCAUUACUACCCAGCAAAGAUCUUGAGUGGUACUUCUUUAGCCCUCGAGAUCGAAAGUACCCAAAUGGAUCAAGAACUAAUCGCGCAACAAAAGCUGGGUAUUGGAAGGCCACAGGGAAGGAUAGAAAAGUGAACUCCCACACGCGUCCCGUGGGCAUGAAGAAAACCCUAGUUUACUAUAGAGGUAGAGCCCCCCAUGGUUGUAGAACAGAUUGGGUAAUGCAUGAAUAUCGCCUCGAUGAAAGAGAAUGCGAAAUUGCUUCUGGCCUGCAGGAUGCAUAUGCACUUUGUCGUGUGUUUAAGAAGAGUGCAAAUAUCCCCAAGAUUUCAGAACAUUUUGCCUCAACAUCAAAUCAAAUGGCUAGUGAACUUUCUUCUAGUAUGGAACUAUAUUCUGAAGGAAGAUGUGAAGAUUUUGAGAGUUCAAAUUACCCUAUGCCAAUAGAGACAUGCUCACCCAGCAUUGCCAAUAAUGGAUUCCCUCUUCAUCUUGGUGAAACAAGAGAUGGGACAUGGAAGCAAUAUUUGUCAGAAGAUGAUUUUAGCUUCUCAUCUCCAUCAUUUUCAGGUUAUGGAAAUGUUCCUUACUCACCAUCUAAGGUUGACAUAUCAUUAGAUUCUGCAAGGUUGCAGCAUAGGUUUUCAAUGCCUCCACUGGAGGUAGAGGACUUUCCUCAAGUAGGACUCACUGACUUGAAAGUGAUGCACUCAACUCCGAUGCAUGAUCAAGACACAAGUCAAACAGGUAUUCUGCAGGAAAUCCUUUCGGUUGCUCAUGCAUCUCAGGAACUGAUAAAUCAAUCUAAUAAUCUUCAAGAUACGUGGGGUGGAAAUUAUUCUGCUGACAAUAAUGAUUUCACUUUCAUAGCUGGGAAAGAUGCCCAUGGUCAUCUCUAUAGCGACAUGUACUCUAUGAAAUGUAUGAACAAAUCAUGGGGAGAUCCUAAUUUAAGGUCCAUAGAAAUUGAAAAUUUGGAUGAAGAUUUCAAGACAGAGGGGGUGACAGAAAACUUGAGAUGGGUAGGAAUGUCAAAUGAAGAGCCAGAGAAGAGUUUCAUGGAGGAACACAAGGUUGUCCCGAUAGAAAAUAUUUCUACUUUUCAGAUAAGGGAAGGUAACACCAUCAUAUCAGGAAAUGAGCAUCGAGGAGACUGCUUAGGAUUCAAUGGGACAGAUGAUUAUUCACUUGGAUUCAUCAAUGAUGAUCCUAAUGGUUACUUCAUUGAUGAUGGAAAUGUGGAUGAUUUAGCAAGUUCGCCAAGCUUCGAGGUUGUUGAGGAGAUAAAAGUUAAUCAUGGAAUGUUUGUUUCAACUCGCCAGGCAGCUGAGACAUUUUUUCACCGAUUAGUGCCUUCCCAGACUGUUAAGAUCCACCUGAACCCCGAAAUGACUGAUAGCUUCUCAAUAAGGAAAGUAGACAUGCACAGUGCACUAGAUGAGACGACAAGGUCCAAUAACACAUUUUCCAGGGAAAAUAAUUUCCUGGAAAUCAGCCAGUCAAUACAUCCUUGGAAGAAAUUUGCAACAACUGUUGUUUGCAUGGUUCUGGUUCUCCUGAUGCACUGUUUUUACCUGGGAGAAAAUGUGGGAAAUGAGAAUAAACUGAUGCACGGCUUCGCGGAAAGUGCCAAUGCCAAGCCCAAGAAAAAGGAAGAAAGAAACAAGUGGAAUGAGAAGAAGACGGAAAAGGAUUUUCUGGUUAGCAUUAGAGGUGGGAAUCAGUUUAGUGUUUUCCUGAAGAAAUUAGGUCUUUUUCUAUCAAUUUCUUUGGCUCUUUGUACCAUGUGGGUGAACCAUGUCAUACUCACCUCUUGAAUUCCGAUUUAUUUGUCUUUUAUGUAUAACAACAUAUAGUUGUUAAGGGGUAGAAAUUUCUUCCUUUAAAUAUUACAUUUGUAUUCAUACAUAUAUACUGAUACUUGUAAUUCAAUAAUUGUAACUGAAUUAGACCACAUUAACUACA